AGCGGCAAAGAAGGCCGCUGCCUGUCACAGCUUCGUGCGGCGCAAGCUUGGAGAGCGCGCGCUAGUCACCUGAUUUUUCCUCCGAGGCUACGGAAACGGCCUCAGGCGCCGCAGCCGCGCCCACUUCUUCUUCCGCGGCCGCGCCAACUAUGUCAGUUUCCCCCGUGAAGAAGCAGAAGAUGGAGUCGGCGCUGGAGCAGCUCAAGCAACACACCACCGUGGUGGCCGACACGGGAGAUUUCCAUGCUAUUGAUGAGUACAAGCCUCUAGAUGCUACUACCAACCCUUCCCUGAUACUAGCUGCAGCUCAGAUGCCAGCCUAUCAGCAGCUGGUAGAAGAUGCUAUUGCACAUGGGAGGAAACUUGGUGGGUCAGAAAAUGAUCAAGUUACAAAUGCUUGUGACAAGCUUUUUGUACUGUUUGGAGCAGAAAUACUGAAGAGGAUACCUGGGCGUGUGUCCACAGAAGUAGAUGCAAGGUUGUCUUUUGAUAAGGAGGGAAUGGUUAAGAGGGCCAGACACUUCAUAGAUCUUUAUAAAGAAAUAGGAAUUAGCAAAGAUCGUAUCCUCAUCAAGCUGUCAUCAACAUGGGAGGGCAUCCAAGCUGGCAAGAUUCUUGAAGAGCAACAUGGAAUUCAUUGUAAUAUGACCUUGCUGUUUUCCUUUGCUCAGGCAGUUGCCUGUGCAGAAGCAGGGGUCACCCUCAUUUCUCCUUUUGUUGGGCGUAUUCUGGAUUGGUAUGUUGCAAAUACAGACAAAAAAACCUAUGAGCCAUCAGAGGACCCAGGAGUAAAGAGUGUCACUAAAAUCUACCAUUAUUACAAAAAGUUUGGCUAUAAAACUAUUGUAAUGGGAGCUUCUUUUCGAAACACUGGAGAAAUCAAAGCAUUGACUGGCUGUGACUUUCUCACCAUUUCACCUAAACUUCUGGGAGAGCUCAAUAAAGAUAACAGCAAACUAACACCAAAGCUGAGUGUCAAAGAUGCCCAAGCAUCUGACCUGGAGAAGAUCCAUCUGGAUGAAAAGGCAUUCCGUUGGCUUCAUAAUGAAGACCAAAUGGCUGUGGAGAAACUGUCUGAUGGAAUCAGAAAGUUUGCUGCUGAUGCAGUUAAACUGGAGGUCAUGAUAAAGGAACGAAUGUUUGGUACUGCAAAUGGAAAGUAGACAUGCCAAACUUCAUGGAUGUUAUAUAGAUGUAAAGAUUUACAUGCUGCACAUGAAAAGAUUUUCUGUAUUCACAGAUUUCUAUAUGAAUUUGCAGAGAAAAGAUUCUCCGUGUCUGCUGCGCUUUUAUAUAUCAGGAUUGUAUUAUUACAAUUCUGUAUCACCAAUAUUUUUAUUCUUCACUAUAUUGCAGAUGCAUAGAGGACCAAUUGACUAGCUUUUUUCUUCAAGGUACUAAUAAUAAAACAUUCUGAUGUAUGGGUGCAUUCCAAAAGAAUAAAAUGUACUAUUUAUACGGAUUUGUUGAACUUUACUGAGGCAAGUCCUCCAUUUGAAGGGCAUGUACGUACUGUUUCUACAAACAAAAUUACUGUAAGAUUAUAGCAAAUGUGUUUUAUAAACAUUCAAUUCUUAGAAUUAUGGGACACCUCCGUACUAUUCUUGUAAUGUAGAGUUAAUUAUAUCUCACAGGGUUGUGGAAAAAAUAGGAGGAAGAAGCAUUAUGUACAAACUGGGACUCCCUCAAUCCUCAGUAUUUUCCUUAGAAUGGAAGUUAUGUUAGACUAGAAUUAGGGAGACCCAUAUUCAAGUCCACCUUCAGCCUCAGGAGCUCACUGGUGAUUCUGGGCCCGUUACUCUCAGCCCAGCCUAUCUCACAGAAUGAAACCAGAGACAAAUAAAAUUACUCUACUUGAGGGGGGCACAGUGGCAACAGCAGCCAGGGAAGGAGACUGCAUUAUAAUUUAUAUUUAUAUCCCAUCUCAAGAUGGGAUAUAAAUCUAAAUUAUAAUGCAGUCAAGUAUUGAUUGAUCAACUCUACCCCUCGAGUAAUUUUGUCUCUGAUUUAUGAUCUCCAGAUCUGUAAGUGGGAUUUUGGUGCCUAGUGAUAUUUUGGCCUGGGUCAUGCUCCUGUCUGCUGUUUUCCCACAUGCCUAAACUUUAAACUGAUACUGCCUUUUCUCAAUAACAGAACAAUGUUGCAGCUGCAUUGAACAUCUUCACUAACUCCCUCAUUUUAAAUGUAAGUUUCAGUCAGUGUCAAAGUCCUUUCCAAAUGACCAUUAAUAGUACACUGUAUCUCCUUGGAUUGAACCCUGUCAGAUAUAAUACAGAACUUCCAUUCUAAGGGAAACACUGGGGAUCGAGGGAGUCCCAGUUUGUCAGUUUCGGUUUAAGAGUACACUGGUGGUAUCUAAUGCUAGCAUGAGUCAAGAAAGAAUUCAUGUAUUUCAUUAAGCACUUCUAUUUUCCCAUCAUAAUCUGAGUAUAGAUUAAGUCCAUAUAUUUUUAUACUGCUGUUUUAUUAACUGAUAAUAUUCUUUUAUGCAAGGAUGUUUUGUAGUAGUUUUAAAGUCUAACUGAUAGCAGCUUGGGACCAAGACAUCAGCAAUCUUCUCUUUCUAACUUGUUUUUUCCCCCCACGAGCUGCCCACUUGGCAACAAUGAAACAGUUUCUACAAAAUGCAAAUCAUUCCUGCCUUGCUAUUUUAGUGGAAUUUUAAAAAGCAGAGCACAAAUAUUAUUGCAAUACUUUUUUAGGUUUUGUAAUUUUGGAAAAGUUGCUUUCUUUUGGUGUUGCAUGCAAGUGCACUGGAGGAGAUAGUUUGCUUUAAAAAAAACAUUUUUAACUGUAACGGAAAGCAUUCUUCCUCUGGUUCCUGUGCUGUAGUAAAACUACUCUAUGAUAUUGUGUGCGUUACCCAACCAAAUUGUCUGAGUCUACACAAUACACUGAACCAUAAGGUAGCCAUAUGGGAUAGAUUUGCACUAGGCUACAGAGGUUGGCUGGUUUGUUAUUUAGCCUGUUACAUGAAUCCAGCCCUUGAUUCCCAAACUGUAGUUAACAAAAGAAUCUCAAGUACUGCUUCAGUCUUGAGUCAAAAUUGUACUGUACGUAACCUCUGCAAGUAGGGUGCCAUUUCUAUCAUUAGUAAAUAAGAUCCACAACUUGAAUAUAAUUAAUAUGAUAGUAUGAAGCCUUCGUAUUGUCAAUUAUUUAUUUUAAGAAUAAAAUUGAAUAAUUACAUGCAUGAA